AUGAGUUGGUUGGUGGCUUUAGAAAACGUCUGCCAGCGAGCAGCGGCUCGUGCCUCUCAACGAACUUCACUUUCUUCUUCUUCUGUUGUUGUUGUGGCGGGCCGAUUAGCACCACCACCAGCAGCAGCAGCAGCAGUGAAUAGAACUCCUGCGGAAGUUGCGCAGCAGGCAAGUAGAGUUGUAAACUCCAUCAAAGAGAGAAGAGAAAAGGAGAAGGAAAAAGUUGGAGAAGUGGAAAUGAAGAUGAGUUCCUCCACGGCGGCUUUACAUCAUAUAAGUGAUACAUGGAGUGGGGCACUGCAAGUAAUUCAAUUCUCUCAACUCGAUAUAAGUACUAGUAUUGAGCAGCGGAUGUAUGAACUUCCACUUUCAUUGGCAGCGGAGAGUGUGGCUAUUCUCUUAAAGGCGGGAAAAGGCACUACGGCUGUGGAUCUCUUACACUCUUGGCAACAUCCCACCAGACGUAUUCAAUUAAAAUCUAAAGUUAUUGCCACUCGUCAUUUACAACGUGCACUCAAGACACUUGGUGUUAUUGGAGAUGUGGAGACUCUACGCAGUGUAAUCUCUAUACUCCACAGAGAGUUGUUAGAGCAGAAACGUCAAUUAGAUCAACAAGGAGAAAAGACUCCAAUAUCAAUAUCAAUAUCAACAUCAUCAUCAUCAUCAUCAACAGUAAGAGAAGGAGAAGGAGGAAAAUUAGGAUCUAGUGAGAAUUCUACAGUAGAGACAUGUACAGAGCGACGAGGUCUCUUCUCCGCCCUUGGACCACAACGAACACGACUACUACUAGUAAAGGCAGUACAUGAAUUGAUUAUUCAGGAUGAAUCUCUAGUUCCAGUGUAUGAAAAGCUUACGUGGAUUAAUGCAGUGACAAUAGCAACAAUGAGAACAAUGGAAGGAAAACAAACAUCAUGUCUUAUUCCAUUUGAAUUGCAGGAUGACUUUCAUCGCGUAGUGGAGCGGAGUCCAUUAUAUAAUGCUCAAUUAUUACAACAAAUAGGGCCAGCCUUUGCGUGUGGGUUUAGACAACCAACACAAUGUAGUCCAGCAGAGAUUCUUAGUACUCCACGUAGUGAGAUGAGACGUAUAUAUACACAGAAAGCAUUCCUAUCAUCAAAGGAUGAAUGGACAGAAUUACAACAACUCUUAUUAUCACACUCACCAUGUAUUCGACAUGCCUGUGAUACUACACUUCUACUUCGUCUACUCUGUGGACGACAAGUACGAAAAGGAGAUAUGCAUCUAUCAAAGAAUAAAGAUAAAGAAGAAGAAGAACAGAGAAAACGAUUACGUCAAUAUUUUAUUACACAACUUCAAUCAUCCCGUUCUUCUGCAAGACGUAUGUGGAGUCGUAUGUUAUUACGACAUCCUCCACUUCUCUCUCAAUUACAUCUUUCACCAUUAAUGAUCUUCUCCACAUGUGCCUUGACGUUUCGAAGUUUUCAUGUACACCAGACAUUUGUGCGUUGUUGUUUACCAUUACUACGGCGAUUACGGCGUAUGGGCCGUAGUGUAGAUGCGGCCCGACUGGUGUGGAAUCAUCUCUCUGUUGUCCACUACACACUUGCGGUUCUCUUUUCACAAAACCCGCGUGCCUUUGAAAAUGCCGUCGCUGUUGUGAGCCGCACAAUGCGAGAAGGUGUUGGCGGACGAUGUGAGGCGUGGAUGGGACACCGUUCCCUCGCCCUCCUACGUGCAGCCGCAGCCAUACCAACAACAACAAUAUCAACAGGGAUAUCAACAGGGAUAACUAAAAGUAAAAGAAAAGGAAAAGGAAAAGGCAGUAGAAGUAGUAAUAGUAAUAAUAGUGUACCAUCGAGUAUUGUGACACCUGCCCAUUGUAUUCCUAUCUGUGCGGCGGCUCUUGACUGUGGAGUCCAUUUUGCCACCGUGCAGCAAUUUGUAAAGGAGAUGUUUCCCAAUGAUGACAAUAUAUCUACAUGGAUUCUCAAUAUGGUGCGACUCACAGCAAAGAGUCAUGUCUCUCGUGUGUGUAUUCCACUAGAGAGUGCCUCGCAUGGGGCACAUUUGCGUAGUUUACUGCGGCAGUAUGCAUAUGUGAGUAAUGCCGUUGGUUCUUCCGCUCUAGUGGAAGUAUGUGUACCUUCACGUAAUAAACUACUGGCAUUCUGGAGUAUGUUGAAUGAUGAUAAGAUAAGUAUCCCACUACGUCGUCUCAUCUGUAGAUUCUUUCUAGAUGAAAUUAAUCACAUGGCAACAACAACAAGAAGGUCAAUGCAUGGAAAAGUUUCCUCUGUACAAGAAGUAUUGCAUGAACUCUAUCGGGAAGAAGUUCUCGCCUCUAUUGCCUCCAACUGCACAACAGAGAGUUCAUUUAUAAUUUGCAUGGAUGCACUUAUCGCACAACGUCGUUUGCGAAAUGCACAAGACGGUGCGCAAUUAUUGCAAUUAAGUGAGAUGAACGAUAAUACAAACAUUGAUAGUACUAGUGGUGGUGGUGGUGGUGCCUUAUUUAGUGUGAGUGGGUGA